AUGGCGGGCGGCGAUGAGGCGCAGUCGGCCGCCGCCGCCGAGAAGCCGUCUGAGAUGGAGCUGCUUCGGGGCAUGCUGCAGCAGCAAUUGGAGCUGGCUGCAGCGGCAGCGCGACGUGAGGACCGGAUGGCCGCGCUGAUGGAGCGGGUGCUUCCCGGCCCGACGGCCGUGCAGGACGCCACGGCACCCGCCGAGGAGUUUGAGGCCUGGAAAGAGAAGUUCUCCGGCUACUGCCUCCUCACCGGCGUCCACGAUCUCACCGAGGCUGAGCAGCGGGCCGCCCUGCUCGCUGUUCUCGACGACGACUGGGCCCGCUUGGUCCGGUUUGGCCUGCCCAUCCCGGCCGAGGCGUCCAUGGCCGAUGUAAUCACCGCCAUGCACGCCCACCUUCGGCGGCAGCGGAACGUGGUGAUCGACCGCUGCGAGUUUAACAUGCGGAUGCUGGAGCCAGGCGAGUCAGUGGACGAUUUUAUAUGCGCCCUGAAGGAGAUAGCGUCCUGCUGCGAUUUUUGCCCGAACUGCACCGAUGAUAGGUUCCGAGACCAUCUGGUGGUGGGCACCAGUGAUGACGAGGCCAGACGCCGCAUGCUGGAACUGCCCGAUCUGACCUUCCAGAUGGCCGCCGACCUGUGCCGGGCGUCCGAGAGCGCCCGUCUCAACAGCUCGGCGAUCCGUGGCCCGGGCGAGCCGUCUCUGCGCCGGCUCUCCGAGUACCGGCGACAACGCGGUCGGCCGAGCGGCGCGGACUCGCGCCCGGCCGACCAGACCCGGCGGUGUGACCGCUGCGGUGCCGCGCAGCACACGGACGGUCGUGCCUGCCCCGCCCUGGUUCGCACCUGCCACCGAUGCCACGAACGGGACCACUUUUCCUCGGUUUGCCGGCAUGGCGCGGGCACUGAAGAGCGGCGCCGGCAGACGCCUAGUUCCGAGCGCAGCCACCAGGGACAGGACUGGCGCCACCGUAGCGCGAGCAGCAGCCGCCAGGGGAGGGGCCGGCGCCACCGUAGCGCAAUCAGCCGCCGCCGUGUCAGCACGGCUGCCGACGCGUCGCAUCGGCAGGUUUCGGUGCUGGCAGCGAAUGCAACCACGAGAGACACGGGGAACCGGCAGCAGUCAGCGCCGCCGGCAGCCCGGACGCCGGGCGCGCGCCUCAACAGUGUGACGGCCCACCGGUCGCCGCAGGUCUGGCUACAGCUGCACCUACCAAACGGAGUCAGGCGGUCGACCGUAUGGACGCCCGACACCGGCGCCGAGAUAUCAGCCCUCUCACUGCAACAAGCCGAGUCCAUGGGAGUGAGCAGAGCGGACCUCACGCCCUCCACGGCUGUGCUGUGGGCCGCCGACAGUCGCCGGCUGGACUGUGUGGGCACGUGCGCCCUCACCCUGCAGCUCGGUGACGUCAUACAGACCAUGCAGGUGUCCGUUCUGCGAGCACUGCACUCACCACUGCUGUCGUGGCACGAUUGUAUCGGCCUGGGAAUUCUGCCGGCGAGCUUCCCCCGGCAUAUUUGCCAGCGCGGCUCGGCAGCCGAGACUGGGACGGACGAUUUCGACAAAUUGAAAGCCGAGUUCCCGAGGGUCUUCGAUACGAAGUCGACCCUGCGGAAGAUGGCGGGGGAGCCGAUGAAGAUCGAGCUGACGGACGACGCCGUCCCUCACGCUGUGACCACCGCCCGGAAUAUCCCGUUCUGUUGGCGAGAGGACGUGCGACUGCAACUCGACGAGCUGAUGGAAAAGGACAUCAUCGAGCCGGUGGAGCACCCCACAGACUGGUGUCAUCCGAUCGUUCCUGUGGCCAAGGGGUCGUCAGACGGCACAGUGUCCGGCUGUCGGCUGACCGUGGACUUCACGAAACUGAACCGGUUCGUGAAGCGACCGACGUACCCGGUCCGCUCGCCUCAAGACGCAGUCGCCUUCGUCUCACCCGGUGCUGCGUACUUCACCAAGCUGGACAGCAAGGCGGGGUACCACCAGGUCCCCAUCCGGCCAGAAGACAGAGACCUGACGUGUUUUAUCACGCCGUGGGGCCGCUACCGGUACCUGAGUGCUCCAAUGGGAAUCGUCAGCUCUGGCGACGUGUACAACCAGCGCGGUGACGCCGCGCUCGGCGACAUCCCGCGCACGUGUAAGGUCGUGGACGACGUCCUGGCCUAUGACGCUGACUAUGCCGCCCACCUGCAGCACGUGCGGCAGAUUCUGCUGAGGUGUGACCAGCACGGUAUCACACUCAACCCGGACAAAUGUCAGUUCGCGGAAGACGAGGUCGAAUUCUGCGGCUUUCGCAUCAAUUCGGCUGGCUAUACCGCCGACGGCAAGAAAGUCCGUGCCAUCCAGGCCUUCCCCAGGCCGGGCAACAUCACCGACCUACGUCCUGAGACUGACGCCGCUCGCUCCGGCGGCCUGGGCUACUGCCUGCUGCAGCAAGACGCCGCAGGCCGGUGGCGACUGAUCCAGUGCGGCUCACGCUUCCUAUCGGACGCCGAGUCGCGGUACGCCGUGAUCGAGUUGGAGCUGCUGGCCCUGGCCUGGGCCUGCAAGAAAUGCAGCAUCUAUCUCGGCGGGAUGCAGCGGUUUGAAGUCCUGACCGAUCACCGGCCGCUCAUCCCGAUCCUCAACAGUAAGAGCCUUGCGGAGAUCGAAAAUCCGCGGCUCCAGCGGCUACGAGAACGGCUGGCGCCGUUCAACCUGCUCGCCACCUGGCGGCAAGGCAAGCUGCACGCCAUCCCGGACGCGCUGUCGCGCGCGCCGGUGGAUGACCCGGCGCCUGAGGACGAGGAAGCCGAUAGGGACGCCAGCCAUCAGCUCGCCAGCGUGCUCUCACGGCUGGCCACCGACGGGGCGGACGACAGUCCCAGCCCGUUCAAAGACGCGGCGCUGACAGAGGUGCGCGCCGCCGCCGCCGCCGAUCCGGAGCUCAUCACACUCACUGACCUGAUCCUGAACGGGUUUCCAGAGCACCGGUCACAGCUGGACCCGCGCCUCCGACCGUACUGGGGAGUUCGGGACCGGCUGGCCGUGGAUGACGGCCUGGUGGUGUGCGGCCAGCGGCUCGUGAUACCGCCCAGUCUGCGGCGCGCCACGCUCGAGCGCCUGCACGCCAGUCACCAGGGCGUCGAGCGCACCAAACGCCGCGCGCGGCAGGUAGUCUACUGGCCGUUCCUGGACAGUGACAUUGCGAACCAUGUCGGAGCGUGCCCGGCCUGCCAGCAGUACCUGCCCAGUCAGCAGAAGGAGCCGCUGAUGCCGGAAAAGACGCCAUCACGAGUGUUUGAGGCUGUCUCCGCUGACUUCUUCGCCUGGGCCGGCCGCACGUUCCUGGUAUACGCGGACCGGCUGUCCGGGUGGCCGUUUGUGUCGCACGUGGCCGGCGAGGCGACUGCCAGAGACCUGGUCUGCAGCCUGCGCCAGAUGUUCGCGGCCACCGGCGUGCCCACCACCCUCCGGACAGACGGUGGAUCCCAGUUCACCGCCCGGCUCACCCGAGAGUUUCUGCGCCGCUGGGGAGUGGAGCACCAGAUCUCCACACCGCACUACCCUCAGUCUAAUGGGCACGCCGAGUCGGCGGUCAAGGCCCCCAAACGGCUCAUCCAGAAGGCGACCAGCAGCGGUGAGCUCGACACGGACGCCUACGCUCAGGGGCUGCUGGAGCUGCGCAACACGCCGCGCGCCGACGGCCGCUCUCCGGCUCAGGUCCUGUUCGGCCACCCGCUGAGAUCGGCAGUGCCGGCGCACCACCGGUCCUUCGCCGACUGCUGGCAGCGGGCGGCGGACGACUGUGACGCCAGGGCCGCCGCGCAGCAACAGGAAACAGCCGAGCGGUACGACACGACAGCCCGCCAGCACAGCACGCUCACCAUGGGUCAGCGUGUGCUCGUCCAAGACCCGCGGUCUGGGCUGUGGGACCGCGUCGGCGUCAUCACGGCGGUCGGACAGCGGCGCGACUACCUGCCGGCACCACCGGUACUGCGGAACAGCGCCGACGACCCCAGCUCAGUGCGCCGUGGGACGCGUCGCCGUCGCCGUCCGGCCCGACUGACCGUGCGCUGGGCGGACCAGACGUACGACUGA